CAGAUACUCCUUUAGAAUAUAUGAAUUUAAUGGUACAAUGUUGGGAUGCAGAUCCAUUGAAAAGACCUAGAAUUAGAAAUCUUCAGAAAAGAUUAAGAGAGAUUGACCUAUCAUAUCAAGGCAUACCAUAUGAAUCAUUUCAGUUAGAUACGAUGGGAGAAACAAGUAAUACAAAUACAUAUAGAAGAUUAUUUACGAGUAAAGUUUAUCGGUUUGAGAAUUUUCUUGAACCAAAAAAUGCAACUGAAGUAGAACAAGAAGAAUUUUACAGUAAAUUACAUGAUUUUUGUAUCCCUGAUGAUCUUGACGAUAUCAAUAAACCAAACAACCAGGAAAACGAUACAUUAAUUGAAAGCAAUAAUUCUGAAGCAAUGUAGACUUCGCCACGUGAUCCAAUAUGUGAUUAACGUUCAUAAACAUUUAUAGUUCUUCGCUUCGCUCCAG